UUUUCAAUAGCAUGUUUUUUUCCCCUCGUUGCGACCCGUAGCGGUGGACUAGAGACUGGACGCAUGCGUAUUGGCGAGAAGCGCUCAUCAUGGCUACCAAGGCUAUGAAGAUUGUGGCAGUGCCAACUUUAUUUGGAUUUUCUUCUUUGAGGGUUUAUGCAGCAGAGGAAGAAAAGAAGGAGAACUGUGUAUCCACUCAAGAGUUAUCUGUUUACCUGACCCCUCCUGCAAAGUUAAAAUAUGUCGAAGAACAGCCUGGGCAACUACAGAGUGGAAUUUCAGUGGCAAGAGAAGCAAUUUCCCCAUAUUUCCGAAGUUUAAAGAGGGGUUGUGAUUCAUUGAAAAAUGGAGUGAUAAAUAUAAUCCAUUUUGGAGAAGAUACAUACACAUACUUGAAGGAUCCCCCUCCUGGAUUUUUACCUCGGGUUAGUGUGAUUACAGUUUCUGGAUUGGCUGGCUUAAUCAUGGCAAGAAAAGGUUCCAGAUUUAAAAAAAUUAUGUUUUCUCUGGGUUUAGCUGCUGCUGGGACAGCUGUGUGUUACCCAGCCCAAGCUGUGACUGCAGUUAAGGUAACUGGAAAAAGUGCUUAUUCUGCUGGUAUCUGGGCCAGUGGAGCUUUGAGUUCUCUUUGGAAACCAAAAGUAUCAGCUAGACCAGAAAAUAAAGAGUCGACCUCUGAUCCAGCAAAUGCGGCAAAAUCUGAUGUAUAUCAAAUGACAGAAACUACCGAAGUUCCUUCUUCUAAACUUGGAUCUCUGUUUCCUGAAGAUGGAUCCUCUUUAUCUCAAGAUGCUGCUUCUCCCAGUUUGGUCCCUUUGCCUAAUUCUCCUCCUCAGACUGAAUGUUUUCCUGCACAGAAAAGCUUUCAGGAGAUUGUUCCUAGCACUGUAUCCCCUCUCUCACUUGUACAACCUGAUUUUUCAGAGAAACCGAAAUUCAGCCCUGAUCCUCGCUUAGCAGAUCACGGUCAGUCAAACCCAGAAGAUGCUGAUAUGUAUACUACAAGAAGCUGAAUUAGGACAUACAGGAUAAAGGACUGUCCAACUAAGUUUAAAAUUGCUUGGUAUUUAUUCCCUUGCCUCCUAAAAUUACAAUCAGUGGAAAUUAAAAUUUUCUUUAAUAAAUAUUUGACAAUAAUUUCUGAAUUAGUAAUUUAUUUUCAGGUGAGCAGUGUUUUCAAAGAGGUGUACAGGUUCAGAAUAAGACUUUUUUUUUUUUUAAAAGGAAAUUGAUACUUUUCCCUUUAUUAUUAAAAUUAAUUUUUCACUGAAGUUUAUAAAAAUAAAGCUCACUUUUAUGUAAUUCAGAAUAAAAUAUAUAUUAGGUUUUCUGCCCGAUAUCUACUUUGACAUAUUAAAUCUCUGGCUAGAAAGUAACAACUGCUAAUGUGUUAACAUUGGUUCUGUAAAAAAACAAAUGUUUUGUGAUUUGUGGAAAUGCAGUUUUUAUUGCGUAAUAUCAGCAGAAUCUUUUUUAAUUUACUGCGAGCCCCACAGAAAUGUGAUUGGUUCUGCCAAAGGAUGCUUUUUAUGUAUUUCUUAUAUAAAUAACAUUGGAUUAGACAUGUAUUGAAACUCAGGGUACUGCCUUUGUGCACUUUUUGAAAUCAGUGUUGAUUAAUGCUAACAUUCUUUUGAUUGUUGUAAGUGUCAUAAUGCACUUUAAAAAAAAGUUUUUGUUCUGCAUUAAAGUGAAAUUGGCUACAGAAAGCCUCAAUACACAGGACUGUCA